AUGAAUAAUUAGGGUAAAAGAAAUUUACCAAGCCACUUACAAUAUGAUACUGUUAGUCCUGCAACUAAAUUGCUAGAAAAAAGAAGGAAAAUGUAUGAAGUUCAUGAGGCUUUUGAAGCAUAGAGAGAGGAAUUUUAAAAACAAGAGGUCAAGUUUAAACUAGAGGAAGAGAAGAUUCGUUCAAAGGACAUGGAAAUACAAGAAUCUUUGAUCAAGUUUUGCAAGUUUUUAUAAGAUAAUGAGGCAAAAAAAAAGAGAGCAGAAGGGAGACUGGAAGAAGAGAAACGAUAAAAAUUGUAAAAGGAAAAAGAGAUAUAAGAAUUGAAUGGACUAUUGCAGGAAUUAUCAAAGAAAUAAUAGAGGCUUGAGAAGAAGGUUACCUCAAUGAAAAAAUAUGAAGAAUAUUUAGAUAGCGUUGCAAAACAAUAUCCAGAGUAAUAUCAUGAUAUGUCAUCAAUUUUAGAAAGACAUAGUACAUUAUCAAGUUAAAAUACAAAAUUGGUUGAGGAGCAUUCAUCCAUGGAAAAUUUAUAUGAAAAAUUGAAAUAUGAAUCAACCUAAUAUGAGAAGGACAGAAAUCACGAAAUUUUACAAUUCAAUAAUGAUAGAAGAAAUUAGAAGAAAAAAUAUCAGAAAGAAAUUAAUUAAUAUAAAUUGUAGAAGCUUCAGCAAAUGAAGCAUCAUCAAAGAAUUUAAGUCUAGGAAGGAUUUUAAUGGCCAUUGAUAAUUUAUUUAAUCGAUAUUAAGCAUGAAUUGGAGGAAGCAAAAUAAGAAAACAAUAAAAAGGAUGAUAAAAAAUUAAAAAAGGAAGAGAAUAAAAAAUAGUAGAAUAAAAUUGAGGAGAAAAAAGAAGAGGAUGAUAAUUAUGAAGUAAAGAGCUAAUAAGCUAUAUAAAAACUAAAAAUUAUAUCUUUAUAUUUAAAUGAUUUUAAAAAAAUAAUUUUUGGAUGUAAAGAAGAUUAUAAAAAAGCAUAAAAUAAAUGA